UAGGGUUUGAAAAGCAGAGCUAGCAACAAACUGGUCAUCACCUCAGUUGCCUUUCAAGACCACAUCACGCAGAAUCUGCUGCAUCCAGACUGGUCACUUUGUGACUACAGACUUCCACAAAAUCCAGCAAAUGUUGAACAGAAGAGACAAGAUGAGCAAGAUGACAGAGAAUAUGUCCUUGACUCUGCUCCAAGUCCUUUAACAUUAGCUCAGAAGAUGGGGUUGGUGGACUCACCAGCGGUGACGCUGACAGACGGUGAAUGGAUUCAGGUGAAGACUAGGUCUGUUCAGCAGAGAGAAUCAGCACAGCCCUGUGCAAUAUGCAGGGAAGAGUUUCAUCUUCAGCCUCAGGUGUUGCUGUCUUGCUCUCAUGUUUUCCAUAGAGCAUGUCUGCGCACCUUUGAGAGGUACUGUGGCAGGAACAGCUGCCCGAUGUGUAGAACAGAGCAGUACGAGACACGGGUGAUCCAUGAAGGAGCUCGUCUCUUCAGACACCAGUGUGCCACAAGAAUUCAAGCAUGCUGGAGGGGCUAUGUUGUUCAAAAGUGGUACAAAAAUGCAAGGAAAUCUACCUGCCCAAAAGACAAAGAGCUACGACGCACAUUCUUUGAAUCCAAGUUGCAGGAAUUGAAUGACAGCUUUGUCCGAUACUGUCACACCAACACGGAGGAUUUUCUGAGUGAUAUUGACCGCUCGCUGUCAUCAAGCAGACGAGUGUUCCAGCAGCUGGAAAGAAAGCACGCCUCUGAACCUCAGGAGAAAGAAUGGGACAGAAUACAGAACCAGGUUAUCCAGAGAGGGAUUUGGGACUGUCCUAUAUGCCUGACCCCUGUGUGGAGCCAAAGCAUGGAAUCUGAAGAAGAGAGUGCGAACCCUGGUCAACACAAACACACUGUGCUCCUGUCCUGUUCCCACCUCUUCCACCAGCUCUGUCUGGAGGUGUUUGAGGGCUUCAAUUUAUAUAAACCCUCCUGCCCCCUGUGCAGAUCUGCUUACUUCAAAAAGAUCAUCUAACUCAGGUACAAACCUAUGUAUAAUAAUUGCAAUUGAUUGUC